AUGAGGGCCGUUUCGAUGUGUCUCCUCCUGCUCUGCACCGUCCUUCUUCUCGUCACGUCGGAGAGAAGCCGUGCUCUGUGCGUGCGCACGCUCCAACAGCACUUUGCAAACGUUUGUGCCGAAAAUUGUCAACCAGCAAUCGGUAAGCACCGUUUCUUUUUGAGAUCCCAAUGUUACCCUUUUUUUGCAGACGUGGCUAUCGACGCGUGCUUCACAAGACAAACUGAUGAGAGCGUCCUCACCAACUCGUGUUUGUGUUAA